CUGAUUAUUCUGCCAUUUUGUAUUCGGCGUCCGGCCAGCAAAAUAAAAACGCAGUAAAACUAGGUGUUGCAAAAUUUAAAUUUUUUAAUUCGAAAUAAUAAAGUAUGUCAGACUAUCGCUCUCAAUCCCGUGGAGGAGGCCGCGGUCAGGACUAUUCAAAUGACGACGAUCCGCCCAUGUCGCGACUUUUCAUAAUAUGUAACAAAGCACAUACCGAAGAAGAUUUUCGAGAAGCUUUCUCACCUUACGGCGAAAUCGAGGAUAUUUGGGUAGUUAAGGAUAAGCAUACACAGGAAAACAAAGGUAUUGCAUAUGUGAAAUUUUCAAAAACGUCUGAUGCGGCCAAGGCCCAAGAGCAGAUGAAUGGCAAAACUAUUGGAAAAACGGACAGAACCCUCAAAGUGCUGGUUGCCGCAAAUCGGAAUCAGGGCUCGAAUAAAUCGGAAAACGAACAGGAAAAGUAUGUGCGAUUGUUUAUUGUUAUUCCAAAAACCGCCACCGAGGACGACAUACGGGAUGAAUUUGCUCAGUGGGGUGAGGUGGAAAACGUCACAAUUGUACGGGAAAAGAAUAAUGGUAGUCCCAAGGGUUUCGGAUACGUCCGUUUCACAAAAUUCUAUUAUGCAGCCGUGGCAUUUGAAAAUUGCUCAUCGAAAUAUAAGGCCGUCUUCGCCGAACCCAAGGGCUCCACACGAACACAGCGGGAUCAAUAUGGUCGCCUCGCUGAUGAUAGUCCAGUGUAUCCAUCGGGACGUGGGGGCGGCGGUGGCUCGAAUUAUAAUGGUGGCAGUGCCGGCGGUAGUGGUGGUAGCUUCAACAACGAUUGGAAUGUAUCGGUCAACAGUGAUAUGUCCGCAUUUCUACGAAUGCAAAAUGUGCCUGUGCCUCAACCCACGUGCUUGGAAGUAACUGUCAGUAAUUGUGUCAAUCAAGAUCAGCUGUGGCGUCUCUUUGAUAUAAUACCUGGAUUGGAUUACUGUCAAAUUAUGCGCGAGCAUGGUCCACGCACAAAUGAAGCUGUGGUCGUAUAUGAUAACCCUGAAGCAGCAAUAUAUGCCAAGGAUAAACUGCAUGGGCUGGAAUAUCCCAUGGGUGAACGUAUAAUUGUCAAGGUCAACGGCAUGAGUUCUGCUCGCAUGGACACUUCAUUCAUAGACAAGCGAACUAAAAAGGAUGCGAUAUGCAACGUACCAUUGCCGCCAACACAACCACUGGCAUCGCCAGAUGCACAAGUUGCGCAGCGACUGUUUAUUGUUCUGUCAGCGAAUCUACCCCACUCGAUAUUGAAGAACAUAUUCUCCUGCUGGAAAGGAUUGAUCGAUGUAUACUUGUUGCCCAACAAGAAUUGUGGAUAUGUUAAAUACUCGGAACGUGACAGUGCGCAAAAGGCAAUAAGCGUACUAAAUGGAGCUGAAAUUUGUGGAACGAAAAUCAAGGUCAUGGAAGCGGAGGAGCGCAGCGGCUCAGAUGGUGAUGAUAGCGGCAGAAAGCGGUUGCGUCGCAAUUAAACCCACUGACAACAUUUGUACUUAACAGAGAACAUUAUGUACGAGUAGUUUACAAAACAAAAAUAAAAGAAAAACACAACAACAAGAACAAGAAGAACAGUUCAAUUAUAAACAGUUCAACUGACGCAAGAACCGCCAAAAAAAAAUAAAAACACUACGGAAUCAACCAAUACCAGAAACAAAACCACACAGAGCGAAACAGACACGGAAUACGGAAACAAGAAUUACCAACAACCAACAAAAGAACCGUACAAUUAUUGACCUGUUCCAAAUGCGAUGUAGUACUGAGGACCCACAUAAUAAAUAUGUAUGUAUGUAUAUCAUAUAUAUAUAGACCAGACAUAAACGGAGCCAACGAAACCGCAAUGAUUGUUUAAGAACUACUAACGGGACUAUUGUAUCAAUCGCAUUACCGUUACUCAAAACCAAGAAACUAUAUACAUAAACGAACUCUUUGUACAAUUUACUAACGUAUUACGA